GUAAAACAGCGGCGCCGCCGCCGACCGAGCAGCAUUCCUCAACUUGUGGCUCCGGGCUCUCGAACCGGCGCCAGCACGCGCCGCUCCGCUUCCGCGCGGACACGAGCGGACCGGUGCGCGAGCUCCUGUGAGCGAAGGUGCCUGGAGAUGGAGCUGAGCAGGAGGAGGGUGCCCCUGUAUGGGCAGGCGAAGGUGUUUGCUUUGCUGGAGGGAUACGACUCGGUGCCGGAGGAUGCAGAGGUCUACAUUGUUCUGGAAGGUUCCACGCUGGUGCACGUCACCAGGGCUCAGAGUGAUGUCAUGCUGUGCUUUAUAGUACCGGGACACAACCUGGCAGAAGUGGUCUCUGUCCAGGCAUACCUGUCCUCUGGAACCGCACUCGUGACCUGGGUGGGCGGAGCUUCCCUGGAGUAUGUCCAGGAUGACGCUCAGGACCUGGCAGAGCACCUGGUGAUGCACGCGCACUGCCUCAGCUCCAAGGAUCACACGGAGCUGAGCAGCCUCUUCAACCUGGGCCAGGAGAGCUCCCGCGGGGCGAUGGACCGCCGCGUGGCCUUGGCCGUUGCCAACCUGGACAUCCCCCGCAGCUGGAACGUGCUGGGAAGCCACGGGGGAGACGAGCGAACCCCCAGGGAGUCGCCCCUCCACCUGGCCGUGCGGUGGGGUCUGUUUCGCUUGGCAGAGCUGCUGCUGUGUCAGCCGGGGGGUCUGAUGGCGGUGAGUCUGCCAAACCAAGAGGGAGUGACGCCGCUGCAGCUAGCACAGACGGCGGCUAACACGGAGAUCCUGGAGCUGCUCGCACACCCGCCCAACCCCCUGGCCACGCCUCCUGCAGGUCUGUCUCAGGUGUGGGCAGACCGGUCCCGCUUGCUGAGGUUCUGCCACGAUUCGGGCAAUCUGACUCUGACUGUGCGGCAGAACCUUCGGUGGAGCUCGGAGGAGAGCCGGCACGCCGACAUCCUGCUCCUCAGGGAGCGGCUCAGGGACCAGGACUUCCUCAGAGAGAUCAAAGCUCUAAGGAGAGAGCACAGGGAGACUGUCUCAGGGAAGGAAAGGCCGGUGGAUGAUGCCAGAGACAACGCAUUGCAUUCGGAUAUCAAUAGAGCAGCUCUGGGGGAAACUGACCGCGAGGAGCCGCUGAUGUUUUGUCUAAACGAAGAGGACGAGGAUGAGGAGAAGGACGACCCGUCGCUGUUUGACUCUGGACAAACCCAGUCCACACGGGAGAGCCAGGCCCAGUCUCCGACGCUGGCUGCUGCUGUCCGACUCUCAGCGAUGAUCCACGGCAAAGGCCGAGUGUUUGCCAACGCCAUGCUGGUGGACCAGACUCUGCUCAUGUUCCAGGUGGACGGCGCUGAUAUUAAAUACCGGUCUCCGGGGGAGGAGGAGGAGGAGGAAGACGAGGUGAGCCCUGCGCCCAGUCUUGGCCGCCCGUGCUCCUUCUCCACGACUCCCCCCGCCUCGAGGAACCAUGCCCAGGACCGCCACCCGCCCUCACCCCGCGGCGGGGAGAAGGGGAUCCGAGGCCCUGAGAUUCGCAAGGAGCCUUCCUGUCGCACGUCUCCCCCCUCUACCUUCACGUCCCCCCCGUCUUUUCCUUCCUCCCCCCUGGUGUCCGCCUUCCGAUUGUACGAGGGAGGGCAGAGGCGUCCUUGCCUGCCAGUUUCUCCUGCUUUGAACCGCAGAGGAUACAGCUUGACCGAGGCGAGCCAGGGCCUGAGUCCUAGCCUGGAGGGCGAUAGUGGAGAGGAAGACAUAUUGGGACACUCCUACCCCUCGUCGUCUGUGAAGAAGCAGUCCAUCCCGCGAUCCAGCUCCAGAGAAGAGAGGGACUCUUUUGAGGCGUCACCAGACUUUAACCGCCUGCACUCCCCCCCCAAGAGCCCUGAGGAAGCCGAGGUCCGCCUGCGCUCCUACUCUUUUUCCUCCCCCAAGGCCAAGCCGUCGCGCCCGCUGCUGAAUCGAGACACCACCGUCGCCGACCAGGCAGAAGAGCAGAGAGCAUUUAGCCUGACUGAGACCACCAAAGAAAAGAGGCGUUUGGGUUUCCGUAAGCGGGCCCAGUCAGCGGAGGAGGAGAGCAGUGCAUCGCUCCAACACCUAACCCUCACAGAGUUCCUCAAAGAGAUUGAGGACGAGGAGUGGGACAAGUACAUAAUCCCCUCCAAGGUCGAGUCGGAGAAGUACAAAGUCAGCCGGACAUUCAGCUUCCUCAAGAGCAGGAUGUCCAGCACUCGCAACAAGACCAAGGUGAAGGGGAAAGAGGCAAAGGAAGGGAAGGAGAAGGCGGGCGCCACUAACGGACACCAGUUUGUCUCGGCGUCCCCCCCCAGUGCCGCUCUCUGUGUGGGCUGCGACAGGUCUGUUUCUGGGAAGGAGCUGCUGCAGUGCUCCAACUGUUUCCUCAAUGUGCACAAAAACUGUCGAGAGUCUGUGGCAGCCUGUGGCAAGAAGCCGCAGGAGAGGAAUGCGUUGCUGCUGAAAACCAAGACCAUGUCUCUCCCACACAACUCUGUGAAAGACAACUCUCCGUCCACAUUCUGCUCCUCUGCUUCACUGCCCACGACGACCAGGGAGAAGAGAGAGACCGCAGGCCCUCUGUCCAAAAGCUUCUCCGUCUCCAUAGACAGCAGGCGGCUGAGCGACGCGGGGGGGCUGGGCGGGGAGGGCGCCGUCACGGCUUGGACUAACGGCGCGGUGGCUGAUGAGGGAUCGCCGGCCACGGCGACUCCAACAUCCACCGAGCUGCCGACCGCCACACCAGAUGGCGUGGACGCUCCCUUGAUGAGCGGCCUGUCCGCUGAGGAGCUGGGCCUGGAGGUGGAGUCCUGGAGUCUGGCGGUCAGCCCAGAGUUCUGCCGGCAGCACGACAGGCACACCAUCAAACGGCAGGAAGUCAUUUACGAGCUGAUGCAGACGGAGCUGCACCACAUCCAGACCCUAACAGUCAUGUCGGGGGUGUUCCGGAGAGGCAUGCUGGAGGAGCUGCAGCUCGACUGGGACUGCGUGGCUCGAAUCUUCCCCUGCCUGGACCCCCUGCUGCUCUUUCACAAGAACCUCUUCGGAGCGCUGCUGGAGCGCCGGCAGGCCGCCGCCCACACCGACACGCCCGGCGAUUACCUCAUCCAUCAGAUUGGAGACAUUCUGCUCCAGCAGUUCUCAGACGAAUACGCCGAGGAGAUGAAGCAGGUGUACGGAGAGUUCUGCAGCCAUCACACCGAGGCCGUCAAUGUCUUCAAAGAGCUGCAGCAGCAGAACAAAAAACUGCAAAACUUUGUCAAACAACAGAGCAACAACACUCUGGUGAGGCGGAGAGAGGUGCCAGAGUUCAUCCUGCUGGUCACUCAGCGCAUUACCAAGUACCCGGUGCUGCUGGAGAGGAUACUACAUUACACCCGGGAGGAAAGUCAGGAACACGCUGACCUGUCCAGGGCUCUAGCCCAGAUCCGCAACAUCAUUGCCGCAGUGGACCUGACGGUGAAUAGGCACGAGAGGUGUCAGGAGCUUCAGGAAGUGCUGGUGCGGCUGGAGAACAAGAGCUUCGCCAAGCUAAAGAACGACAAGGUGUUCCGCAAACAGGACCUGCACAGCCAGCACAGGGUUCUGCAGUAUAAAGGGCUGGUCUACUGGAAAACCGCCACGGGACGGCUGAAAGACACUCUGGCUCUCCUGCUCACUGACGUUCUGGUGUUCCUACAAGAGAAGGAUCAACGCUUCGUGUUUGCUGCGGUGGACCAGAAGCCACCUGUAAUACCUUUGCAAAAGCUCAUUGUUCGAGAAGUAGCCAACGAGGAGAGAGGGAUGUUCCUCAUCUCUGCCUCCUCGGUGGGACCGGAGAUGUAUGAAGUCCACACCAACACCCGAGACGAGAGGAACGCGUGGAUGAGACACAUACGACAGGCUGUGGAGAGUUGUCCCGAGGAAGAGGAGGAGGAGGAGCGAACUGCCGAGAUUGAGGAGUCCAGGCGAGUGGCAGAGCUCAGAGUUCAGAAGAUCUCCAAGUUCCAAGAGAUGCUGUCGGGUCAAGACCAGCUAAUUUGCAACAGCCUGGAGGAGAAGUUACAGCUCUAUGCCGAGCUCACGGAGUUCACCCUCCGCUCUCCAGAACCCGUUCCACACCGCCACCUGGUGCUGGCGGACCCCGACGCCGAGACGCCGCGACAGGCCUCGGCACUGCUCAUUGCGGCGCUCAGGGAAGCGGAGAACCUGAUCUCCGUCCUGCAGAGUCGGGACGGCCUUACCGUAAAGAGUGCCGGCUACCCGGCCCAAGGACCAGAGUGCUGCGGCUACGACAGCCGGGGGAGCAGCGUGCACGAGUCUCCAUCUGAGCCGGAUUACCUGAGCACUCUCAGCAUAAGCUCCGCCUCUCCCGGGUCAGACGGCGAGCUGGCGGGGCUGGACGGCGCACUGUGGAGCCCGGCUGUAGAGCUGAGUAGAGGAGACGCCAAAGGGACGCUGUUGAAGGUGGCAGAGAGCGUUCAGAAUCUGACUCAGCUCCUCUACAGUCUGCAGGCUGCCGUGACCGUCCAGGACAGCUGCUAUGAAGUCCAGAAGCUCCUCCUCCUGGAGGGAGAAAGACCUCAGCUCCAUCUGGAGCAGGAGAAGCAGAAGAGUGUCGAUAAGAAGAAAGAGGAAGUAGAGAAGAGGGGUUUAGAGAGGAAGAAAGAGGAGGUGGAUGAGGUGCAGAAACUCCACGUGAAGCUCAAACAGGUGCAGCAGCGUUGGGACAAAGAGUGUCUGGCCAGAGACAAACGACAGUGCGAGCAGGAGAGUGUGCUGGAGCAGCGGGAGCACCGGUGCCUCCUAGAGGCCGAGCGGCUGCGCUGCGAGCGCGAGGAGCUGGAGGCUCAGCUGCUGGAGUACCAGCAGAACCUGGAGCGACUGAAAGCGGGCCAGAGGAGCGUGGAAAGGGAGAAGGAGAAGAUCGAGGCCCAGCAGAGGCUGCUGCAGCGCUGGAGACACCACCGCCAGAGCAGCCUGCCCAUGACCAUUCCGCUGGAUGGGCACAAGGUGUCCGGCCACAGCCGCUCGGGCAGCCUAGACGGCAACCUUUGUGUGUACGAGAACGAGGCCACCGUGCUCGCAUGCCUCCAGCAGAGUCACCCCCCCCGCCGCCGCCCCGCUGGCGACAACCAGCAGCAGCAUCUGCUCUCUGCCGCGUCAGGCAAGAACUGCGCCGCCAACCUGGGCCUCAGCGCCAGCCUGUACAACAGCCUCAACACCCUGCUGAGCCAGGCGCACGGCAAGCCGCCUGCGGAUGGUCCCACGUGCCCCCGGCCCCUCAGCGGCAGGGUCAGCACCCAGCAGCACGUGACCCACAGCGACUUCAGCGUGCCGAUGGAGAGGCGCUCCCCGGAUCCCUGGAGUUCAGAGGUCACCGGACACAGACUCUAUGAGGAUGGCUACUCCACGUCUCCAUCUCUCAUGCCCCUCCUCCCCCCCCACGCCUACCUCUCUCUGGAAGGAGAGAAUGGGGAGGAGGGAUGCGAGGAGAACAUUGUUUAUCUCUGAGAGCCUGCGGCGGAUCUGUGUGUGUUUGAAACGAGGGAGUACACGGAAAUAUGUGUGCCUUUAUCAGCGUAUGUGGUGGCCAUUAAUCGUCCUCCUCCUGCCUAUUGAAACCGCUGUGCCUUUUUGCGGACCGAUAACUUUAGCUUUAACACGCAUGUUUUUUGUAUGCCCACUGAUUCUUUUCAGCUUCCUUUGCACUUGUUUGAUGGCAGCGGUGCAUCCGUACCCCGAACACCGGAACCCACAGCAGGGUUAUCAGUAUUUUUACCAUGAGCACUUAAAAGUAAACCGUUAUUUGGAAAGCCAAUGGAGCCCUUCCCCUGAUGUGCACAGUGCUGUUACCUCUCAUGUGAUCUUUGAUAAUAUUUAUAAGGGAUUGUAAGCAUCUAAAAGACAUUACCAGUAUACUGAGGUUGUUUUAUGAAGAUUAAAUAUAUCUACAGUUUUAUGGAAAAGCUACCUAUGCACAGUAUCGUGGAAGAAGAACUUAUAUUUCUAUUAUUAUUGUCAUUAUUAUUAUUUCAUUCCCUCAAGUGCCAAAAACGUGCUGUCUGAUACUGUAAGUGAUUUGUGGAAAAGAAUUGCUGUGUGUUUUCCUUUCUUUUCUGAUAAUUUAUUGUGUGUAAUUUGCUUUGCGCACCGUCGACGUUCAUCAUCUUUUUGUUAUAAUCUCUAUAAUCAGAUUUGCCUUGUAUUAAUGUUGUGCUGUCUAUAAAAAACUAUCGCAGCAAA